AUGAGUUCGAGGAAAGGAAAAUCGCGAGACGGAAGUAAAUCCCGCGAAAACUCUGCCGCGGCUGAAAGGUUAGCCGACUAUACUGGAGUGAGCUCGGUACCCCUGGCUGGGCAUAGUAGCACUGCCAGCGGCAGCAGCAACAUCAACACCACCACUAACAACAACAACAGCAGCAGUACUAUCGCUACCAACAUCACCUCUACCACAACCACCAUUUCUUCUUCUUCUUCUUCUACUACCUCCUUUUCUUCCUCCUGUACCACUGCCAGCACCAUUAAUACCACCACUACGACCACCACUAUCACUAGUACUGGUGCUAGUGCCACCUGUGGUACUACUAGCAACCUGACCACUACAGCACCGACAGGGUCACCCACCAGUUCCAACCCGAGCCCCUCGGGUCUCGAGACCAGCAGGGAAGAGCUCCCAUCCAGUCUGGCGUCUGCUACACUUAAAGACAAUCAAAAAGAACUUGUCAAGGUAUGUGUCUACAUCUAA